AUGCUUUUCGAGGGGAUCAAUGGCCAAUCAAACCGUUGGUUCAAUGCUCGUGCUACUUUUUAUGGCGCAAAUCAAAAUCCGAGCUCUCUUGGUGGAGCUUGUGGCUAUGAAAACACCUAUCAAGCUGGUUUUGGAGUAAACACAGCAGCAGUGAGCACUGUACUUUUCAAAAAUGGUCAGGCAUGUGGUGGUUGCCACCAGGUAAUGUGUAACUACAGGCUCGAUCCAAAAUGGUGCCUCCGCCGCCAUGCAGUCGUAACCGUAACCGCAACAAACUUCUGCCCUCCGAACCACCACGGCGGCUGGUGCGAUCCUCCUAAUUCCCACUUCGACAUGUCGAUGCCCGCUUUUUUUCGCAUUGCCAAACAAGGAAAUGAAGGCAUAGUUCCUGUACUUUAUAGAAGGGUUCCGUGCAAAAGGAGAGGAGGAGUUCGUUUCACAUUGAAGGGACAAUCAAAUUUUAACAUGAUAAUGAUAUCUAACGUUGGUGGCAGUGGUGAUAUAUUGAAUGCAUGGAUUAGGGGCUCUAAAACAAGAAGUUGGGUUCCCAUGAACAGGAACUGGGGUGCAAAUUGGCAAAGCAACAUGGAUCUUCGAACCCAAACGCUGUCGUUUAAGCUCAAUUUAGUCGACGGCAAGACGCUCGAGUUCUUUAACGUUGUUCCUUCGUCGUGGAAAUUUGGACAGACUUUUGCUUCCAAGAAUCAGUUCUAUUAG